GCGAUCGUCGCGAGCGUACGCGUAUUUUUCCUGGCGUUGUCCGCGUCGUCGCGCGUCCUGUGCUACGGUGUCGCCGCGACGCUCUAACCGCGCUACCGUCGCGUGCACGUCUCGGCCCGAUUAGUGUUCACACCGAUCGACCAUCAUCGUCGUCGACGACCCGUCGAUAAUUACCGUUCGAUCGUCCCCCGCCGCCCGGAAGCCCGCAGAUCACUUUCCGGAGCGCGCGCGUCUUCGGCAGGAUAACUUUCCGGGAAGGUCGCUUCAGUGACGGAAUGAUCGAGAGAGCCGCGCAGAGGGUGCCAGCAGGACAACGAUCGGCCGGUGGGAACGGUGGCAUGUGACUGCCGGAUCGGAUCGUUGGCGAGAGAGAAAGAGAGAGAGAGAGUUCAUGGGGGCAGCUGGGAUGAACACGAGGAAUUCGUAAACAAUGAAGCCGGCCGUGUUUCGGAAAGUGAGCGGCCCAGUGAUAUGAAUGAAUGCAGGAUCCUUGGUGACGUUAAACGAUCGAGCAACGGACCCGCGGAAACAAGUACCGUCGAUUGACCGGCACGCGACACGCGACAAAGCCGAAAACGCGAUUAGAAUCGAGCCGCGGACGCGUUUCGGAGGAGAGCGAAGGGGAAAUCCCGUGGAAUAUAACAGUGAAAAAAACAACGCUCUGGAUACGACGAAGGGACCCGGCCAUCGGCUACCGGCAACCGGAAACCAGAGCGGAACAAUGCGGUGUCACGUGCUCCUCUUCGGUAUCGUCGCCUCGGUCACCGUCGUCCACGCUCAAGGAGGCCCGCGAACGUUUUCCGCCAGGCCUUACCGAGGAGGACCAGCUGUCGCGUCUCGGGCCGUUAUUGAAGGCACGGCAGAGCUGCCUUGUGACAUCCGGCCGCCCAGAGACAAUGACUCCGCUAUUUUGGUCGUGUGGUACAAGAGCGACGUCACGCCCAUUUACAGUUACGACAUGAGGGGCAAACACUCGGAGAAGGCCUCCCAUUGGAACGAUAAGGAUCACCUGAACGACCGGGCAUUUUUCAGAACGGUCACGGAACCGGCCACCUUAAAUAUAAAUCAGAUCGAGGAGAGGGACGAGGGGGAGUACAGGUGUCGCGUCGACUUCGCCAAAAGUCCGACCAGAAACUCCAGGAUCCAUCUCACCGUGAUCGUGCCGCCGCAGAAGCCAAACAUAAUCGACGAGCUCGGAAAGACGGUGCUAUCGGUGGCAGGACCAUACGGGGAAGGCGGCGACAUGAAGCUGCAGUGCCUCGUCACCGGAGGUCGGCCGGAGCCGGUGGUGAAAUGGUGGCGAGGCGAGAUGCUCCUGGACUCGAAGGACGAGCAAGGCGAGUUCCCGUCGCUCCGCAGGAACACCCUGCUCGUGAGACAACUAUCCAGGGCGGAUCUUCACGCGGUGUUCACGUGCCAGGCGUCGAACAACAACAUCAGCCAGCCAGUUUCUGCUUCGGUGGCGAUCGAGAUGCACCUGAAGCCGCUGAACGUAACGAUAUCGAGCAACGAGCACGCGCCUCUCAGCGCCGACAGGAAGUACGAAAUCGUUUGCCUGACCGUGGGAUCGAGGCCUCCCGCCAAGUUGUCUUGGUUCAUGGACGGCAGAGUAUUGACAAAUCACACGGAGGAGAUAUCCGAGGACGGGAACAGGACGAGUUCCACGCUAAUUUUGAAGCCGACAUUACUCGAUCACGACAAAGUAAUUACUUGCCGGGCGGAGAACAGCAAAGUUCAACGGGGCGUGUUGGAGGAUACGUGGAAAUUAAACGUGUACUACGUUCCAAUCUUGCGUCUGGAAUUAGGGUCGAACAUGAACCCGGACGACAUCGAGGAAGGGGACGACGUGUACUUCGGGUGCAAAGUGAACGCCAACCCCGCCGCUUACAAAGUAAUAUGGAAGCAUAAUGGGAACGUGAUUCAAAACAACGUAAAGAACGGCGUGAUAGUGCAGCAGUACGACCUGGCUUUGAGGGUGGUCAAUCGCUCCCAGGCCGGAAAUUAUACAUGUAUCGCCAGCAACGUCGAAGGAGACGGUUACAGCAACAACGUGGAACUGAAAAUUAUGUACAAACCAAUCUGCGUGCCGGAUCAGAAGCGAAUUUAUGGUGUAACCAGACUAGAAGACGCCAGGAUCAUUUGCAGGGUGGAGGCUUAUCCGCCGCCGGACAGCUUCCGGUGGACGUUCAACAACACCGAAGAGAUGGUGGACGUGCCUCAAGCGCGUUACAAGAAUUCGACCGGGCACAUGCAGAGCGUUCUCACCUACCGGCCGGUCACUGAAAUGGACUACGGCACGGUUUUUUGCUCGGCCAGUAAUACCCCCGGCCAGCAGAAAAAUGCUUGCGUGUUUCACAUCAUUCCGGCGGGUAAACCGGAAUCGCCGUACAACUGUACCCUAUCGAAUCAAACAACAAAGUCAUUGUCGGUGGAGUGUUUCGCCGGGUUCGACGGCGGACAGCCGCAGCAUUUCCUCUUGGAAGUGUUCGACCAGGCGACGGGAAAGCUGCAGGCGAACGUCACGUCGAAAGAAACGGCCGCGUUCACGGUCCAGGAUCUGGAGCCCGGGAAGGUCCUGAACAUGCUUUUGUACGCGGUGAACGCGAAGGGCAGAAGCGACCCAACGUUGCUCGAGGGAUUCACGUUGAAGAUCGCCGAGAAGCAAACUGUGCGUGUUCUGUUCACAGGUACCCCGGUGCCAUUCGAGAUCACCCCGUUGCUAGGGGGUUUGAUCGGAGUGGUAACCGCGUUGCUUUUGAUCACCAUAACCAUCCUGGCGGCCAUGAAGAUCCGAAGCGACAGAAGAACCCAGAGGCCGAACGAUCUGCCGUUGAAGAAGGGAACCGCGCCCAGUUCCGAGGACCUUUACGACACCGACGACAGAAAUCCCGACGUGGUACCCAUAAACAAAGGCUCGGACUAUCAGCUGACUGGUUCGAUAUCCGGGACGCCAUUGGCGGUGCAAAGUACCCCGGACGGUCUGCCGCCGUCUUCGCUGUCGGUUCAACAAGUGAACCAUCUUCAAGGAUUGCCGCCGUACUCGCACGAGUACAACAAUUACCCCACGUUACCGCUGUCAGGCGAAAUAACGUACGCGGAGCUCUGCCUAACACGACCAACGACCCUGUCGACGUUAGCGAACGACGCCAAGUUGACUAGCAUAAGCGGAGUGGGUAGUUUAAGCACCAUCCAAGGGUACGGCGGCGGAGUCGUGGGCGCGAAGCCGUUCGCAAAGGAGUCGACGAUCUACGCGUGUAUAGAUCACAACGCCAGGCCGUCGAAGAUCGACGUGUCGAGUGCGUCGUCGUGUGCGCCGACGCCGCUGUCGGCGAAGAGUGCGUUCCAGGACUUAAAUGUCGGCAAACAUCAUCCCUCGAUAGAGAUCGUGACCGUUCGCACCCCGUUGAUCUCCACCCAGGAGAGCUGUGUAUAGGGAUGCGACCCUGACGCGCUGAACGUCAACGAGUACUAUGUUUGAUGUGGUCACGAGGAUGUGAUUAGGCGGCGCGUCCGGCUGCUCGCGGGAUCCAGUUAACCGUUUCUCAUAACUUAAGACCCUAUUAUGCUCUUCAAUGUGUGGUGUAAAGUAGUCGAGAGAGAGAGAGAGAGAGAGAGAGAGAGAGAGGCCGUCGUGCCGGUGGAUCUUAACUAUGACGAAUGGAACAAAGGACAUAGUGCAGGAACACACGGAGGAACAAUCAGUGUUCGAUAGCGUUAAUUAUUCUUCAAGGAUAUUGAUCGACGUAACAUGAAUUUGAUCGAGGAGACUGAUUUAAACAAACAUCUUAGCGCGUAACCGGCUGGACAAUUUUUAAUUAGCCUGUGGAUCUUCGUGCAUUUCCCAGAAGAACGAUCGGACAGAUUCGAGGGGAUUCGAAUCAAGAAUUAAGGGAGGGUUUUAUCGUUUAUUGAAAAUUAUCGAGGGGCAAUUCGUUUCUGUGCACCGAGAAGACGAUUAUGAUUUUGCAUGAAGAUCUAUGGUCUAGUUAGAGUUCUUGUGUUGACCGUACAUGUGUUAUGCAACAAAUUUUAACGAUAUUAUUAUUAUUAUUAUUAUCAUUAUUAUUAUUAUAUUAUCAUUAUUAUUAAUAUUAAGUUCUCCGGUUUUGUACGACAAUGAUUUUGUAUAUUGCAUAUGUUGCUCGAUAGGAAGAAUAAUGAUUUUCGAUUAUUCAAUUGAACGAAAUGAAUUUUAUAAAUAUAUAUAAAUAUAAAUAUAUAUAUAUAUAUAUAUAUAUUUGUUGCUUUUAAAGUAUGUAUUAAAUAUUAUAAAGAAAAAUGUAAAGUAUACAGAGAACGUAAUUAGGAUGUACGACGUAUGAUUUGAUAUUUUCGACUUUCCGACCGAUUUUCAUUCGCACAAAUUAACUUUAAAUACUUCCAUUCCAUGAAACUGCUUCUGAUUAAGUCUUCUGUACUAUCACCGACGAUCUUACAAGCGUAUACUUUCCCCGAAUGCUUGCGAGAAAGUUCUUAAUCGAACGCGUUCCGCUAGGUGUUUAACGAAUUAAUUACGUUACAAUCUAGCCAAGGUCGGAACUAAGUUGAGAGAAGCAGUUCGGUAGCGAACAUUCCACUGCCUCUUCCGAUGACCAAUUUUAUUACAACGCGCGGGGAGGGCAUCCGUCUACGCCCCUAACUUAUGCAGAAAUUUAAGUAAUUAGGUGUACCAUAAAUUCGACAAUUCGACGGAUAAAUUGUCUCGGCACCAAUUUAAAAGAAUAAGAACUAAAUAAGUAUUUAUUUCGUCUAUCGAACACACUUCGAAUAAAUAAGUUCUAUCUAAGCUUGAACUUACCGAUCUAUUAACGAAUGCGUAAAAUCCACAGUCUAAUUACAAUUGUAACGUGUCUGUAUCGCGGAGAAUGUGUUUCAUUCGAUGCGAUAAUCAACGAAUCAUUUUUCUUGGGUUGUACAAUUUAAGGAAUCGAACGAAAAAUCUCUCCACGUAUCUUCCUCCUGUUGUAGAAACAAUGGAACUUUCUCGCCGGUGUACACUUCUUGAUUUCGUUCUAACUCCGCAGGAACUUAUAAUUUUCCUAACAUAUUCGGUUUCCGUAUGUGUUCACGAGAUGUACUACAUGCAUUCUGGUAGCUGAUAAGAAUGGAUACGUGUUAUAAAAAGAACUUGUUUGUAAAUAUGUGAUUAUAAGAAUGUGAAACUACGAGAACGUUGCGGGGGGGGGGGAGAAAAAGAGGCGAAACGUAAAUAGGGGGGACAACAACAACGUAAUCGUAGGUUUUUUUAAUAAGCGAACGUACCUAGGUUUUGAAAAUCGAGGUUUAUAAAAGAGUAAAUUAAGAGUGAUAUCGGUACCGUUUGCGGCCCGACGAUCGUCCGAUCGUGUUCCCCUCGAACGUCGAUCAACAAUUUGUUCGAAAGAACGCGGGCCUGCGAUUCGUUGGGCCGCGAAUAGUACGAGCAGUGAGUGUGUAUGAUUGUCCGAACCAAUCAUGACUUUGUAAAGAAAGUUCAAGUUCAUAUACUAUAAUAUUUAAGUUGUAUUGUACGCGUAUCAGAUUUUGUUCGCAAACGAUACAAUAAAAGACAAGUUUUCAGAAA